AUGACUACGACCCAAACAGGCACACAUGAAGACCAGUCCCCUGAAACCAUAAGGGCCGAGAUUGCUGCCAUCAUGGAUCGUGUCGCCAUGCUCGAACGAAGAGCCACAGAGUUGGAGAGCCCCGAGUCGGAUAUGACACCCAAACCAGACAGAGUCAACCUCGUCGCCAGCAGACAUUCGUUUGGGGUCGACUUGCCCCCUGAAUCCGAAGAUACGCCAUACCCAGACAGCCUUGCCACGUCCGUUACCGAAGAUUCUUGUCGAGGCGGCUCGAGCUCUUUGGAAGACAUCGCCGCCCUGAACCGCAUUCUCGCGGACGAGCCGCAACAGACACCGCCUCGAUCCAUGGCAACAGCACUCGCACGGUGUACCUUUUCUGACACGGGGAGCUUUCCAGAUUGUUGUAAAGCUCACAUUCAACGGUGGGAUCCACGACGAAAGCCUCAAGGCUUGGAGCUCAUGCUGCAAGUGUGCAAGAUCUUUUUCUCCAGCCAGAAUCCACAUUCGCAGUUUCUGGCGCAAAUGGAGUUUUACCUCAAUCGCGACACAACCUGGCACAACAACAUGGACACGCUCCAGUUUGUGGCCCUGGUCAACCUCAUCGUCGCCGAAGUCAAGAUUCUCCACGAACAUUGCGCCUCGACCGAAGAGACACCUCCAGGCUGGCAAGAGUUCCUUCGAGCAGACUAUCUCCUACAACACGUCACCUGGCUAGGACGCGGCAACCUGGCGACCAUCCAGAUCCUGCUGAUCAAGUGUACGUAUCUACAACACGCCGAGAAGCUGAACGCGGCGUACGACACCAUCGGCACCGCCGUGCGACUGUGCUAUCAGAUCAACCUGCAUGACCAGAACACGUGGCAUAACCGCACCACCUUCGACGUCACCAUGCGCCGGCGGAUCUUCUGGUCUCUGUUCUAUCUCGACCGAAGCGUCUCGUUAAUGAGCGGGGUGCCGUACCUGAUCAAGGACGUCGACGUUGUCGUCGACCUGCCGCGAUGUCUGGACGACCGCGAAUUCAGCCCCAGCUGCCCAGCACCGGCAGAGAACUCCGAGUGCUCGCCCAUCCCGUACCUCCGCAACAUGAUCGAGUGGGGGAAGCUCUCUUCGGAGAUUUGGGACAAUAUGUUUUCCAAAAAGGCACCGCGGCCCGUCAGUCAGGACUUUAUUGCGACGACCGACGCCCGGAUCAUCUCGUUGAGCACCCACUUGCCGGUCGGACUGCAGUGGAAUCCUGACGUGCUGGCCUCUUGGGACACGGAUCGCCAUCCUCUGUACCUUUUGCGCCAGCGAAUUGUGCUCCAUCUGUUCAUCAAUCACUUGCGAAUCCUCAUACGGCAGGAAGAGUUGAUCAGUCUCCAAUACAGCCAGAAGGUCGCCGAGACGUCGCUGUCCCUGGCCGCCAGCUCCGUCCAAGCCAUCCACGGCUACCACAAAUCGCCCUGGCGCCGCGGCGUCGAGCGGUACUCGUCGGUGGUGUAUCUGACCGUGGCCAUCGUCCCGCUGAUCUGCCUGAUCAUCAACAAGACCAUCGCGGUCCACAUCCGCGCCGCCGCGACCGAGUCGUUCAAGAUCGCCCUCGCCAUCCUCACCGACAUCUCCGAGGGGUUUGCCCUGGCGCGCCGCACCCUCCAGCGCCUCCGCCGCCUCAUCGACGCGGCCAACAAGGUCGUGGCCGUCGACAGCGACGACCGGAACAUGACGGAUGCAGGUGGCGACGUUGGACCCCCGGAGCUCCUACCCAGUGCCGUCGAGCCCACCACCGCGUUGAACCUCUUCGACGAGACUCUCCUACUCGGCGGCGACCCGGGCAUGGACGAGAGCUCCGACGACUUUCUUAGCGGGCUCCUAACCACCUUUGCGAGUGGAGAUAGUUUUGACUAUGCCGAUUGUAAUCUAGAUGACCACCAGUAUCGUUAG